GCGCAGCGGGGCGGGGAGCGGGCAGGUCACAGUCCCGCCUGGGCAGCGCCGCGGGGCCCGUUCGCACGGCAACGCGGCCGCGCGGGGGGGACCUCUGGGGCAGCCUGGCACAGCCCCCCGCGAGACGCUGUGCGGCCCGGCCUUCCCCCGGCGCCCCUCAGAGCUGCGAACUCAGCGGGCUGCGGGAAUCACAGAGCACUGGCGGGGGAGAAGCCCUUUGAGCUGCUGCAGUCCCAGCCCUGCCCAGCCAGCGCUGACCCACAGCCUCAGCACCUCAGCUCCAGGGCUGUGGGAUCCCUCUAGGGCUGGGCACUCCCUGGGCAGCCUGGCACAGGGGCUGACACCCCUCUCAGGGAAACAGUUCUGCCUCAGCUCCAGCCUCACCCUCCCCUGGGGCAACUCCAGCCCCUUUCCUCUUGUCCUGUUGCUCAUUACUGACCCCCAGCUCCCUGCAGCCUCCUGUCAGGGAGUGUCAGAGAGUGCUGCUGUCUGCCCUCAGCCUCUUCUCCAGCCUCAACACCCCCAUUCCCUCAGCCCCUCCCCAGCCCCUUGUGCUCCAGCCCCUUCCCCAGCUCAGUGCCCGGCUCUGGCCACGCUGCAGCCCCUCAGUGUCCCUGUGGCAGCGAGAACGGUGACUUCCAGUGACUUCCUGCUCACAAAUAAAUGCCUGUGUCAUUCCAUACGUUUCACCCUGUCCUCACCCCUCGCUUGAAGCUCCCAGCCCGGCUGAGCUCAGCUCACAGCAUGUACGUGCGCGGCGCAGCCCUGAGGGCGGCCGUGGGGCAGCUCCUGCGGCGCUGGCUCCGGCGUGGCCGCUCCGGAUGGGGCCACUAUAAAGCCGUGAUGUUUGAUGCCAGUGGAACGCUCCUCCCAGCCCCUCGGCAGACAGCCACGGACUGGGAGGCCCAGAAUUGUAUUCCAGCCGGCACCAUCCAGCAAGCUCUGCUCUCUGGGGAGGAAAACAGUCUCUCUCUGAAGUACACAAGAGGAGAGCUGACAGCUGUGGAGUUUUUGCAGGAGCUGGGACAGCAGUGCUUUGAGAUUGCAAAUGUCUGUGUUCCAGUGCACUCUUUUCUCUUGGACUUAAUCAGAAAGGAGAUGAUAAAACAGCUCCCCAUAAUGGCAGAAGCUGUACAGUGUAUCCGUGCAGAAGGUCUUAAGACAGCUCUACUAAGCAACAACUUCUGCCUGCUGAAUGGAGAGAGCUUUCUGCCUCUAGAACGAAAGCACUUUGAUGUGAUGGUUGAAUCUUGUUGGGAGGGAAUGCACAAGCCAGAUCCUCAUAUCUACAAGCUGUGCUUGGAGCACUUGGGCGUUCAGCCCUGGGAAUCCAUCUUCCUCGACAGCAACAGCCAGAACCUAAGAGCAGCAGCUCAGCUUGGCAUUAGAACAGUGAAGGUCAAUGACCUAGGAGUAGCACUCAAAGAGCUGGAAGCCUGUUUGGGUUUUCCUUUGCAAGGGUUUGUUCCAUACACUCGUUCAGUGAGCCCAAACAUGGGAAUCCCAAAAGAUCAUCUGCAAAAGUACCUUGAAAGCAUUCUGGGUGACCACACAGCAGGCCCGUUAGUGCUACGGCAGUUUGGCCUCAGACAGUCUGCCCAGACCUAUUCUGUCAAGUUUGGAGAUCACUUGCUCGUGCUGAAGAAGGAGGCUCCUGACAGCCCACAUCCCUCAGGCUCUGUGCUCAGGAGGGAGUACAGGGUACUGAAGGCACUUGCUGAGGCUGGUGUUCCUGUUCCUACUGUACUUGCUCUCUGUGAGGACAGAAGCACCCUUGGCAGUCCUUUCUACCUGAUGGAGCACUGUGCUGGCCGUGUGUACAGAGACAUCUCCCUCCCCACGCUGCAGCCGAGGCAGAGGAGGGCUCUUUAUGCUGCCAUGAGUCAGGUCCUCUCCAAAAUCCACACUGUAGACCUCAGAGCAGCCAAGCUGGAGGACUUUGGGGAGCACGGGAAUUACAUUCAGUGGCAGGUUGAGACCUGGACAAAGCAGUAUCGAGCUGUGGCAACUCCUGUUAUCCCAGCAAUGGAGAGACUCAUCGAGUGGCUGCCUCUGCAUUUGCCUGAGACUCAGAAGAUGACAGUUGUACAUGGUGAUUUCAGGAUGGACAACCUGAUCUUUCAUCCAGACAGGCCUGAAGUCCUUGCUGUCCUUGGCUGGAAGUUUUCAACUCUAGGAGAUCCCAUCUGUGAUUUGGCAAAUAACUGCAUGGGCUACUUCCUACCACACCACUUCAGUGCACUGCCAGGCUUGAGGCAGCGUGAUGUGGAGCCCCUGGGAGUCCCCAGGGCAGAGGAGUAUUGUCAGAUGUACUGUGGCCACACGGGAACGGAGCACUCCAAGAACUGGAACUUCUACAUGGCCUUUGCCUUCUUCAGGCUGGCUGCAAUGCUGCAGGGGCUCCCCAAACACCCCCUGGCAGGGAGGUCAGCCUCAGGUGAGAGCAGCCCAGAGGAUGCAGAGUUUGUGGCUGACCUGGCUUGGGAGUUUGCCAUAAAGGAAGGAUUCCGUGUGUUCGACAGCCUGCCCACCACAAAGCCUCUCGCCCACCGCCGCUACAGCACCUGGGCCAGGCAGGGGCUGACCCUCAGCAGGGGCUCUGCUCCCUGCCCAUGUCCUGGGGCACAUCCCCUGCCCAGAGUGCCCCAGGUCUCUCCCCCCAGCAGCCUGUUGGGGAUGGCUUGGAGUCUUUGCUGCAAGCUGGAAAAGAUCAUGGGCAUCCAGUGGAGUUUUCUGAUGGACUCCACGUCCUCUUCUAGAGCUGAAGGUCUGCAACAGGAGGGAGAACGUGUUGGAACAAGCAAUCCUCCUCAGUGGCACCUCCUAAAGAGCUGCCCAGGACACACUGACUGGGGCACAAAGAAGAAUCAGUCACCCUGAUUCUCUGCCAAGGACGAGAGGAGCUGGGAUCUAGUGCAAGAGGAUUUCUUUUCAGCUGAUGUAGGAAACACACAGCCUAAUCCAGGUCCUGCUGCAUAACCCCAGCUGGUUGCUUUGCCUCCCUGGUUCCUCCCUGCAGAGUGGGGUUGACAUUCCCCUCCUGGGUAAAAUGCCUGGACACCUGAGGAUGGAGCAGCUGCCACAGCCUCCUGGGGUUUCCCAGGACAGUGCAUUAAACUAUGGAUGGACAUAUUCAACAA